AUGCAUCUCGGACUGGAUGAGAGCAGGGAAUGUCAGUACAAUCAGAUCUGCACCCAUCAUAACUCCUCAUCCAUGGAAACCCCGCACACCAAGAAGAGGAGAAUGAAGAGAAAGUGGCAGGUCUUCCCAGGCCGGAACAAGUUCUACUGCAAUGGGCGGAUCAUGAUGGCAAAGCAGUCUGGUGUGUUUUACCUCACCAUGGCACUCAUCCUGGUGACCAGUGGGCUGUUCUUCAUGUUUGAUUGUCCGUUCCUGGCCUCUAACUUGAGCCCAGCCAUUCCAGCCAUCGGGGGGGUGCUCUUCCUCUUCGUUAUGGUCAUGCUACUCCGUGCGAGCUUCAGCGACCCCGGCGUUCUGCCCCGAGCCACUCCAGAUGAGGCAGCCGAUGUAGAAAGACAGAUAGACGCAGCGAACGGAGUGAGUGGUGCGAGCUCACGGCCUCCUCCCAGGACCAGAGAGGUGCUAAUCAAUGGCCAGACGGUCAAACUGAAAUAUUGCUUCACCUGCAAAAUCUUCAGACCACCGAGAGCCUCACACUGCAGCCUGUGUGACAACUGCGUGGACCGUUUUGACCACCACUGCCCCUGGGUAGGCAACUGCGUGGGAAAGCGCAACUACCGCUUCUUCUACCUGUUCAUCCUCUCGCUCUCCUUCCUCACCAUCUUUAUCUUCGCCUUCGUCAUCACCCAUGUCAUUCUGAGAUCUAACCGGACCGGGUUUCUCAGCACCCUCAAAGACAGCCCAGCAAGUGUUCUGGAGGUGGUCGUGUGCUUUUUCUCCAUCUGGUCCAUUGUGGGUUUGUCUGGUUUCCACACCUACCUGAUCAGCUCCAACCUGACCACCAAUGAGGACAUUAAAGGUUCAUGGUCAUCUAAACGAGGCAAAGAUAACUACAACCCCUACAGCUACGGCAACAUCCUCACCAACUGCUGCGCUGCUCUGUGUAGCCCGUUACCGCCCAGUUUGAUUGACAGGAGAGGUCUUGUAGAACCUGAUGCCCCUCAGCCAACAGCUCAGUCAAAUGGGACCAACGCAUGUCCUACAACUCAGCUCCAGAGUCAUAUGUGCCACCAAGAUCAAUGCAUCCAGAGCACCAAAUUCGUUUUGCAGGCCGCCACCACGCCUCUCCUUCACGUCCAGCCGGUGCUGCUGAGCGGAGGUGCUAUCCUGCCGGUCAAACCGUCAGUAGGUGUCCCGUGCUCGCUUCACCCCUCGCUGCCUUCCUCCACCACCAGUCUCGGCUGCGGGGGCGAGAUUUUGGCUUUACACGACCCCGAAAGCCUUUGCCACCACCACCACCAGCUCAGCCACGAGGCCUUCGCCAGCCCGGAGGAGAUGCCCUCCCCAGCUAUCGCGCUGCCCUGUGCCGCCCAUCUGGCGCAGCUGUACGACCUGGCCAGCCAAGACUCGCUGCACGAGGAUUCAGUACGUGGCCUGGUGAAGCUCAGCUCCGUGUGA